AAGUAACGGAAGAGGGAGCGAUAGAGAGAGAGAGAGAGAGAGAGAGAGGAGAGAGAAGGCUCGCUCUUCUUCUUCUUCUUCUGAAGCACACGACCCAACCCCACACCCACAGACGACAGACAAAACCUUUCUUUCGCGAUCCCUUUCUACUCACUGCCAUUGAUACUCCCCCAAUUCUCCACAAGAUCGCUCGCAGCCCUAAACCCCACUCUACCUCUCUUCGGAUCCCCAAAUUCUCUCUCUACCAGGGUGUAGGUAGCGGUUAUGGCGUGCAUAAAGGGUGCAAACAGGUCGGCAUCGGUGGUGUUCUCGCCGGACGCGCCGUACCUGGCGGCGGGGACGAUGGCAGGUGCCGUCGAUCUGUCGUUCAGUUCGUCCGCUAAUAUAGAGAUAUUCGAGCUCGACUUCCAGUCCGACGAUCGUGAGAUGCCGCUGGUCGGUGAGUCGACGAGCUCCGAGCGCUUCAACCGGUUGUCGUGGGGGAAGAAUCUGUCUGGCUCGGAGGAGUUCUCUCUUGGUCUCAUUGCCGGUGGUCUCGUCGAUGGCAACAUUGCAAUUUGGAACCCUCGGGCUCUGAUCCGCUCUGAGGCAAGUGAGAGUGCUCUUGUUACACAACUUUCAAAGCAUAAAGGACCUGUUCGUGGUCUGGAAUUUAAUGCCCUUUUGCCUAACCAUCUUGCCACUGGGGCUGAUGAAGGUGAAAUUUACAUAUGGGAUAUUGCAAAACCAGAUGAACCCACUCACUUCCCUCCUCUCAAGGGUAGUGGAUCUGCUACUCAGGGUGAAAUUUCAUUUUUAUCUUGGAACAGUAAGGUUCAACAUAUACUAGCUUCCACUUCAUACAACGGGACAACUGUGGUUUGGGACCUAAAGAAGCAAAAACCAGUGAUUAGUUUUUCAGAUUCAAAUAGAAGACGUGGCUCUGUAUUGCAAUGGCAUCCUGAUAUGGCCACACAGCUUAUUGUUGCAUCAGAUGAUGAUAGCUCACCUUCUUUGAGGCUUUGGGAUAUGCGGAAUAUAAUGUCACCAGUGAGGGAGUUUGUGGGGCAUAACAGAGGUGUAAUUGCAAUGUCAUGGUGUCCAAGUGACAGCUCCUAUUUGCUUACUUGUGCCAAAGAUAAUCGCACUAUUUGCUGGGACAUUGUUUCUGGAGAGAUUGUAUCUGAGUUGCCUGCUGGAGCCAACUGGAAUUUUGAUGUACAUUGGUAUCCGAAGAUACCUGGUGUUAUAUCAGCAUCUUCUUUUGAUGGAAAAAUUGGCAUAUAUAAUAUAGAGGGUUGUAAUCGGUUUGGCAUUGGGGAGGAAGGUUUUGGUUCAGCACCAUUGAGGGCCCCAAAAUGGUAUAAACGUAAAGUAGGUGUGUCCUUUGGAUUUGGAGGGAAGCUUGUUUCAUUUUGCUCGAAGGAUGCUUCAUCUGGAGCUUCAGAGGUUUUUGUUCACAGCUUGGUUACUGAAGACGGUCUGGUGAGCCGCUCUUCUGAAUUUGAAGCUUCCAUGAAUAAUGGGGAUAGAUCUUCACUGAGGCUUUUAUGUGAUAAAAAAUCUCAGGAGUCUGAAACUGAGGACAACAGAGAGACAUGGGGCUUCUUGAAGGUUAUGUUUGAAGAGGAUGGGUCUGCAAGAACCAAACUGCUUACCCACCUUGGUUUCAGCCUACCUAUUGAGACAAAAGAUACCGUCCAAGAUGAUCUCUCUCAGGGAAUAAGUGCCAUUGGUCUUGAAGAAAAACAAGCAGAUAAGGGAGGAUAUGUGCCAGAUAAAGAAACCACUGCCUUCCCAUCUGAUAAUGGGGAAGAUUUUUUUAACAAUCUUCCAAGUCCUAAAGCUGAAACACCUGUGUCACAUUCUGGGGAUAAGUCUACUCUUGGUGGCUCCAUUCCCAUUGUGGAAGAAAUGCAACAAGAAAUAGUUGGACAAGAGGAGAUGGCUGACUCAUCAUUUGAUAAUGCUGUUCAACAUGCAUUAAUUGUUGGGGACUACAAUGGGGCUGUCGCACAUUGUAUAUCUGCUAAUAAAAUGGCUGAUGCUCUAGUUAUUGCUCAUGUUGGUGGUCUUUCCUUGUGGGAGAGCACACGUGAUCAAUACCUUAAGACAAGCCAUUCUCCUUACUUAAAGAUUGUUUCUGCAAUGGUUAACAAUGAUCUUAUGAGCCUUGUGAACACUAGGCCCCUGAAAUUCUGGAAAGAGACGCUUGCUCUACUUUGUACUUUUGCACAGAGAGACGAGUGGACUUUGCUUUGUGAUACACUUGCUUCUAGGCUCAUGUCUGUUGGCAAUACACUAGCUGCAACUCUUUGUUAUAUAUGUGCUGGAAAUAUUGACAAGACAGUGGAAAUUUGGUUUCGUAGUCUGACAACAGAGCAUGAGGGGAAAUCCUAUGUUGAUCUGCUUCAGGAUUUAAUGGAAAAAACUAUAGUCCUUGCUUUGGCAACUGGGCAGAAGCAAUUCAGCAGUUCUUUAUGCAAGCUUGUUGAGAAAUACACUGAAAUAUUAGCAAGUCAAGGGCUUUUAACUACAGCCAUGGAGUACUUAAAACUACUGGGAACAGACCAAAUGACCCCUGAGCUUUUGAUCUUGCAAGAUCGUAUCGCGCUGUCAACUGAAAUUGAUAAACAAGUACCCAAGUCUAUGACUUUUGAAAACUUAGAAUCACAUACAGGACCUGUAUAUGGUGCUGACAAAUCUGGUUAUGGUGCAGUAGAUGCUUCUCAGCAUUAUUACCAGGAAACAGCAGCACCACAACUGCAGCAGAGCAUUCCAGGCAGUCCUUACGGUGAAAACUAUCAGCAGUCAUUUGCAUCUUCAUAUGGUAGAGGAUAUGGUGCUUCUGCCCCUUAUCAACCAGCUUCACAGCCUCAAAUGUUUGUUCCAUCCCAAGCACCCCAAGUUCCUCAGAUGAACAUUGCUCAACCGCCUAUUACCACUCAACCUACAGUGAAACCUUUUAUUCCUGCAACUCCUCCUGUGUUGAGAAAUGCAGAGCAAUAUCAACAGCCCACAUUGGGUUCUCAGUUGUACCCAGGUUCUGGCAACCCUAGUUAUCAAGGUGGAUCUCCUGGUGGGGGUUCCCUUGGUAAUGUCCUAUCUCAGAUAGGUUCAGUUCCUGGACAUAAGAUGCCUCAGGUUUUGGCUCCAACUUCAGCAUCGAGGGGAUAUAUGCCAAUUACAAAUUCAGGAGUUCAAAGACCUGGGGUGGCUUCAAUGCAACCAUCAAGUCCUACUCAGGCAGCACAAAUGCAACCAGCUGUAACUCCUGCAGCUCCACCACCUACAAUACAGACAGCUGAUACUUCAAAAGUUCCUGCCCAGCAAAAGCCUGUCAUAGCAACUUUGACUAGACUUUUUAAUGAGACAUCUGAAGCACUGGGAGGUUCUCGUGCAAAUCCAGCUAAGAAGCGAGAAAUAGAAGACAAUUCAAGGAAAAUAGGUGCCUUGUUUGCCAAACUUAAUGGUGGUGACAUAUCAAAAAAUGCCGGGGAAAAACUUGUUCAGCUUUGCCAGGCUCUGGACAAGGGUGAUUUCAGUACUGCCCUCCAGAUCCAGGUGCAACUUACCACUAGUGACUGGGAUGAGUGCAAUUUCUGGCUUGCGACUCUGAAACGAAUGAUCAAGACUCGACAAAAUGUGAGAUAAAUUAAGGGGAAAGCCCACGGAUUAGUCUGUAAACCAGUUUGGAGUUCUUCACUGCCAGCAUAUAUUAGGACACUGAUACCUUGAUAUAUAUAUAUAUAUAUAUAGAAAAGUAAAAAACAUCUUCUUCAGAUAAGAUAGGUGAUGCGAGGCUUUUGGUCCUCCAUUCCUUCUAGCUUUGCUCGGCCAAUAUCUCUCGUCUUCCAUGGUGUUUCUAUAAGCACAUGAAAUUGACACGGCUGAUUGUUUUUCACUUUUUGUGUUGCGUAGCCAUUGAGAAAUAGAAGAUAACUGGGUAUUUUGAUUCUGAUAACGGUGCUGGCUGUCAGUCAAAUAGUUUUUGUCUACAGGUACAGCUCCAUCCAUGGAGUUUGCUUUGGUUGAUCAGUAGUAGGUAGCCUAGUAGGCGUCCAACUCUAUUAUGCAUUUUCCCUCUGUAUUUCCGAGGCCAUUGAUUUGUACCGUGUAGUGAUGACCAUUUUUAUUUAAUAAGACCGAUUAGAGUUUUAUUGAAGAUUGAAUAUUUAGUUUAA